GUCUCUUAGGGGCUUAGGCUUCAUAUGGUCAUUGGUUCGAUCAUCUUUCUCCAGUGUUGCUUACGGGCGGAAUCGAAUGAUGCUUACCUUUUGCAGCGCUGUGACUAAUGACCGCUUACUCUCCGCUCGCUCUUUACAUCUUCUUUUGUCCUCAUUUCAACCAUUCCCGCUUCUGCUUCAAAGUAGACAGCACCGGUGAAGCUCCGAUGGCUUAGAUGCGCGACGAAAUCCAGAGCUACCAACACCAAAACUCCUGCAAUGGCCCCCACUAAGCCAACGAUCCUCAUCAUCCCCGGAGCGUGGCACACGCCAGACUCCUACACCAAACUCAAGAAGGCCCUCGAGGCCGACGGCUAUGAUGUCCACGUCCCCGCUCUUCCAACUGCGAACGGCACCCGUCCCCCAACCGCGGACCUUUAUGGCGAUGUGAGCUCGAUACGAUCUUACGCAGAAAGUCUUCUCAAGGAUGGCCGCACCGUAGUCGCGCUCAUGCAUUCCUACGGUGGCCAAGUCGGGUCGAACGCAUUCUACGGCCUAAGCACCGAAAGCCGCGCAAAGGCCAGUCUUCCGGGCGGGAUCGCCCACCUCAUCUACAUGGCAGCCUACGCCCUGUUUGAGGGGAAAUCGGUCGCCGACAAAUUCCGAGAAUUCAUCGACGACGAAGUCAUUUCUCAGCUUCUCGACGUUGCCGACGAUCAGACGUGUGUUAUCCGAGACCCGAAGCUGGCACUGCUCGGCGACGAGCUCAAUGGCGCGGAAGCAGAGGCCUAUCUGCAGACUUUGGCGCGAUGGAAUGGGGCGGCUUUGUAUCAGGGGGCGAAGAAUGCGGCAUGGAGAGAGAUGCCGGUUACGUAUAUUUCGUGCACGAAGGAUAUGACGGCGCCAUUUGAGUGGCAGAAGACUAUGAUUGAGGGUAUGCGGAAUGAAGGGAGGGAGGUUGAGGUGUUACAGUGGGAGACGAACCAUAGCCCGCAUGUUACGAUGACGAAAGAAGUUGCUGAUGUGGUCAAGAAGGUUGCUGGUGGCAUCAACUAAUAGGAUUGCCAUUUGGGAAAGUUUGUCGGUUAUGCGGAGACACAGUAUCUGCGGUGUUAAGGUCGUUCUGUAACUGUCUCGGAAAGGUGAUACUUUCAGAUAUGUAUGCGCCUAUUCACCUUAGUUCUUCAAUCGUACGUCUUGAAUAUCUAUAAGUGAUUGGGUGGGGGAGUUCACAGCCGCUGGAACUCCCUAUAGUAAGGCUUAGUGUUAAUUGACACAAUAAGGGUCGGGGCCUCUUUUAUAUAGUUACAUGCUCUGGGUUCGCU